UCGCGCACGGCUCUCGGAGACGAUCUCGUUAUACUGCCUUGUCCGCUGGCCGGACCAAUCCCUCUUCCCCGAGGCAGCGGGUACUGCGCGUUCGCAUUUGCACGACGCUGUUCCGGGACGACGAGCGACCGCGCCAUGCGGCGGCGGUGUCGGGCUCGUCGCACCAGGACACCGACACGUACGGAGCGCGGCGUCAGGACAACAAGAGGAUGCCCGACGGCCCCGAGACGAGACGGCCGCAUCCGGACGAGAUGUCGGCCAAAGUCCUGCUGCUGCGACGAUGGAGCGAAAUGCCGCGGCACCUUCAAUUUAAUCCCCACAUCCUCACCGGCUACAGACCGCUCAUGACCAUCCGCCAGUGCCUCGGUAGCCUUUUCUACAUCCACAACGAGACUGUCAACAUCCUGACGCAUGGAUUUGCUAUCCUGUACAUGUUGGUGACUGUACCACAUCUACUUCCAUGGAAUACAAAAGGGACACUCGUGGGAGUUCUUUCCUGGUGCCAUUUUAUCGGUGCUGUUAGUCCGUGGAUUGGAUCCUUCCUAUAUCAUCUCUUCAUGAACGUAAACUACGACGAAGUUCUCUAUAGAACACUGUUGAAAGUUGACAUGAUUGGCAUAUGGCUGUGCCAGAGUUUCGGAGCUAUACCGAUGAUGGCAGCCGCUGUUCAUUGCCUUGCGGAUAAUGUCUGGUAUUGCUGCAUUUUUAUUUAUUGCUCUCUUAGUAUGUGGGGACUUUUAAAGGCAAUGACUGCUAAAUCACCCUGGGAAAGGCGUUUAUGUUUUGCUCCUCCUUUCUUGAUGAGAAUGUUAAUCAUGAUGUUGAGAUGUUUUGGUAUUGGUGGCGGAUCACCCGAGGCUCUUAUUCAUAUAAUAUUACAGGAUCUCAUAGCUGUGAUAGGUGCAACCAUUGGCGCUCUUCGCAUUCCAGAGAAAUGGAUUCCCGGCCGAUUGGAUUUAGUGCUGAAUUCCCAUAAUGUGAUGCAUGUAAUGGUCGUCCUAGCGGUAUGUUCUAUGCAUGCCGCAACUUUAAAGGAUCUCGCCUGGAUGUCUGAUCCGUCUACGUGCAAUAAAACAAGCUCUCUUCCUUCGGAUCGCGAAGAAUUGUGAUUGAAUCAUGAAGAACGCGACGGCUUGCUGCAGUCUGUGAUAAA